CAUUCAUGCUAAGCUGCUCAGACCAGUCAACAUGUUACAUUCAACCGUAAAGUGCUUUUCAGCUAUAGUGCUCAUUUUACUAUCCGCAACUAUUCAAUGUGAAAACAUACUGUUCCUGCAAACAACGCCAUCUAGAAGCCAUCACAUUUGGAACAAACAAAUCUUCAAUCGCCUGUACGAAAAUGGACAUAACUUAACCAUCUUGACCUUCGAACAAGAGCAGUCAAUACCUGGAAAAUCAUUCUUUUACGUCCCAAGACUGUAUGCAAGAACAAUGGCGGAAUUCGCGGCUGAAAACAACGCGGAAUCUGUGAUGGGACCUAUUGGAAAUAUCAUCAACAUGUACAGUUUCUACGAAAAAGCAAGUCGCCUUCUUGCGCAAGAACCUGCCAUCCAGCACUUGAUGAAUUAUCCAAAGACGUUUAAGUUUGAUCUCAUCAUUCAUGAUUUUACCAUGGGGCAGUUUUUGCUAGGUUUCGUCGAAAGAUUUGGUAAUCCUCCAUUAGUUUCCGUCUCAGCGUUCAACAUCCCUUCAUAUACGAUGCAUCUAGCUGAUAUACCAGUUCGCUUCACUACUUUGCCAAACUAUGCUUGCGAAUAUGGUCAACCAAUGAAUUUCUUGGAAAGAAUUUCAAACAUGUUCUAUUGGAUGCUGGACUUCUAUCAUAGACAAUUCAAAUUUAUGGUCGCUGAAGACGGUAGAGUUGGCGAAUUGUUCGGAAACAAUUCGACAAGCGUGAAAAUCACCGAGAAGCGGUCGAGCAUUGUAUUAGUUAAUAGUGAUUUUACCAUGGAUUAUCAUCAAGCAUUGCCACCGAAUGUUAUUCCUGUUGGAGGUCUUCAUAUUUCGAGACCUGAAAAGGUUCCUCAAAUAAUUUCAGAUUUCAUGGACAUGCCCAGUAAAGGUGUGGUGCUUUUGAGCUUUGGUACAAAUGUUCAAAGCGAAGGUUUAGGAAAAAAUAUAAAUGAAGCCAUUUUGAAGACAUUCACAAACCUACCAGAAUAUAAUUUCAUCUGGAAACAUGGUGAUCCAGAGAGUUUGGGAACGGUUCCCCCCAACAUACUUGUGCAGAAAUGGAUUCCACAGGGAGCGAUUUUAUCCGAUCCCAGAACAAAGCUACUUAUAGGACAUGGGGGACUUCUAGGAUUACAGGAAGCAACCUGGUAUGGAGUUCCAACAAUAGGGAUUCCGUUCUUCGCCGAUCAACUUCAAAAUGUGGAUAAACUGGUGAGAGGAGGAGGAGGAUUACGUUUAUUUCUGGACGAAUUAGAUGAGAAUACAUUGAAGCAAGCUAUCGACAGCAUUUUGUUGGAUAAAAGUUACCAGCAAAAUAUGGCAGCAAGAUCACGGCUGUUUCGCAAGCAGCCACAACCACCGUUGGAACGCGCAAUUUUCUGGAUCGAAAAAGUUCUCAAUAACAAAGGAUUGCCCUAUUUAGCGUCGCCGACUCAAGACAUUCCAUUCUACCAGCUUUAUGGCAUAGAUCUGAUUGGCGCGACGAUACUUAUCAUUGUUACAAUUCACAUUCUUUGUAAGUUGGCCUUAUCUUUCUCAUUUAAUAAACAGAUAUAAUUGUGUUCUAGCAGUGCACAUCAAAA